UUUAAAUUUUGUUGGUGUCAAGUCCAUGUUGCCGUCAACUUGCUAUUUUUUGUUUGUUUUGUUUGUAUACAUACAUACAUACAGUUUUGAAAACUGGCAGUACCUACAUAUAUAUUUUAAUUUAACUUAUUUAAUAUUGAACUACAAAUAUUAAAUAAAAUAUUUGGUUCAGGAGUCAAAAAUGACUUACGGAAGCGUACAUAGAUUCGUUUUGCGGUCAAUUGCAAGCCGCGGCGUUAUGUCUCUUCCAGAGAUUGAUGAAGCGAUCAAAGCCUUCUCAGAUGAGCAGGUAACAUCUAUUCAAGAUAUGAUACAGGAGAUCAAUGACCAGAUCAGGCCAUUUAAACAAAACAUUAAGAUAACCAGUGACGAGUUGACCAAUGAGGAGGUUGUGAUAUUCUUAUCCCUUGGAUAUGAUGAAGCUACAAAGGCACAGACAUUCUUUACUGCUACAGAAUUGGAAUAUUUCAGGGUCCUCAUUGAACAAAUAAUGACAACAGAUGCAAGGCAAAUAACUGGUAUCCAUGCUUUGAAUUUAGUUGGCAACAUGAAGAGCACAUUCACAAAAACAGAUGCACAGAAACUACUAGACACUUGGUGCAGAAUGAGGUACCUGGAUAAAGAUGAAAACAAUUACGCUCUGGGUGUACGAGCUAUCCACGAGUUUGAGGGGUACCUCCGGCAGAACAUGCCGGACACUAUAGAGGAGUGUUGUCUUUGUAAACAAAUUGUAUUCAGAGGAUACAACUGUCCGUCAUGUGGGCUGGCCAUCCACACACGGUGCUUGAGACGUUACUUAGUCAAAGUAGACAAGUGGCCGUGCUGCAAAUACGAUUUUAAUGUUGAUCAGUUAGAAAAGCUUCAGAGUGCUGAGUAUUCCAGGUUUACACAACAGGCAAACGAGACUCGUAGUUCGGACGAGCACAUGGAGGCGUCCCAGGCGUCCACUGUAGUUGACAGCGAGGCCAGUCUCCCGGAGGAAACGCAAGAAAUUAUCCCGGAAAUCUCCCAACGGGUCACCAGGAAGAGGGCAAGGCCUAAUUAGUGAGAUUGUGAUUUUUUUUGUGUAGUGUUUAGUUUUGUUUUUAAUCAAACUGCUAAAAAUAGUCAAGUACACUAAAACGGAUAAUUAAGACAGGUUACUGAUAUUGAUAUCCAGUUAUUUAAUGCUUUUUCCAUCUGCAUUUUUUCUGUUAAAACUAAAUCAAUAAAAUUUAUAUUAGUAUCUAAAAUAAAUAUAAUUUAUUUGCGUUUGAUUAAAAACUCUUCUGUGAAGUUCACGUACGUUCCUAGUGUCGCCUAUUGUUGAAACCUCAUUUCAAAUUAUUUCCGUUAAAAUUUAAAUAGUUUUUGGAACAUGCGUGUAUGACGUAGUUUUUAGCUAGAUUAGUUACUAGAUAAGUUGAUUGUUGUAUUUGAGUUUGAUUUUUUUUGUAAUUAUUGAAAAUUAUGCCUGUACCUAAAAGUGUCAUUAAUACACAUAAUACUUAACGAUUUUUAAAAAACUUGAAUUAUAACUUGGUUAUCUUUUUUCUCUAAAAUAUGUUUUAAUGUUUCAGUACUUAUUAGAUUGUGUCAAUAAAAUACUAACUAAUUUAAAUUAAA